AUGGCUGACUUGGAGAUGACACCAGAAUACCUACUGGCUGAUCAAAAUGACAGAGAAAGAAAGGAAAUAACCAAUCUGAUGAUUCAAGAACAGCUCUCAAAGGCACAUAUGAUGGAUUGGGCUGAAGACAUUGCUUCUCCUAGAACAGUGCCAUGGCCAUACAAGCAAGCCAUAGAACCCUUAAACGUCCACUUGGCUCCUUGA